GCAGCUUUACCUAUUAUUCACUCCAGGACUGUUUGAUAUGUGUUUGCUCUAUUCACUUCUGCAUGAACAAUGGAGAUGUAUGGUGUCCUGCUUAUGCUCGCUGUUAUUGUGAGAACUGAGACUCAAGUUGUGCACAGGGAUGUUCAAUUUUCUGGAUGUUCUGAUAAAGAGAAAGAAUAUUUAAUGGGAUUUGAUGGAGAGGAAAUAUUCCAUGCAGACUUCAUUAGAAAAGAAGGAGUAAUGACGCUGCCUGACUUUGGAGAUCCUAUCAGCUAUCCUGGAGGUUAUGAGAAUGGUGUUUCUGAAAUGGAGAUCUGCAAACAAAACUUAGACUUAGACAUUAAAGUCUACAAACCCUCGGUUGAACAACUAGACAUCCCAGAUACAUCCAUCUAUCCAAAAGCUGUUGUGUUGCAGGAUGCCGAGAACACCCUUAUCUGUCAUGUGACUGGAUUCUUCCCUCCACCUGUCAAUGUGUCUUGGACUAAAAACAAUCAGAUUGUGACAGAAGGCAUGAGUCUAAGCCAGUACCGCUUAAAAGACGACGGCACCUUCAACAUCUUCUCUACUCUGAAGUUCACGCCUAAAGAGGGAGACAUUUACAGCUGCACUGUGAACCACAAAUCCAUUCCAGGCCAACCUAUAACCAAAACAUGGGAUGUUGACGUUGCCCUCCCCAGUGUUGGUCCAGAUGUGUUCUGUGGAGUGGGUCUGACUCUGGGACUGCUGGGAGUCGCUGCUGGAACUUUCUUCCUCAUUAAAGGAAACAACUGCAACUGAAAGCUCUGAUUUAAAAAUGAACACUUUCUUAUUUUGUAAUUCAGAUUUUUUUUGUACUUCUAAAUAAAAUUCUCCUCCAAUGAAAGUUUUGUAAAUUAAGGCUUUUGGUGCUAAAAACAAUAGUUUUGUGUGCCUUUGUACAUGACAAAUUUUGUUACAAUUUUACUGGAGUCCUUGUCGAAUUAUUAUUCUGACACAGCAUGAUUUUCUUUCAUUUGUACAAAUAAUGAGUAAUCUCAAAUACAUUUUUCUGUCAGAAGUCAAGGCAAACAUGACAUGCAACGUUUUGAGGUGCAUUUAUUUUGAAAGUCACUAAAAGAGUGCAUCCUCACCUGAUUGUAAUAAAAAUAUAUUUCAUCCUUCAGUUUGUGGUUUUCAUAAGAGAAACGACAAGAGUCGAUGUUCUACAGGACGGAUGUUUUACAGAAAGGUUAUUGUCCACAGACACAGGGCUCUGAUUUAAACACUGGACAAACAAUAUUCUUUUACUUAACAUUUACUUGCAGAUUUGUUUAUACAUAACAUUAACUCACAUUCUAUUCUUGUCUUCGACACUUACUUGUACUUUUAUUUGCCAAAUUGUAGUCUUUUAUUAAAAACAAUUUAUUGUGGAAGAGUUGUGAUGCCCACACGCACACUUCAAAUGCUUUUUUUCCUUAUAUAUUUUUUUUUAUUUUUGAAACUAAUAAAUCCUUCUGACAUUUUCCAAUUUCUUUUCGUGUUUGUUUUUGUCUUAUGACAGGUUUGUCAAGUGAAAACAAUGUCUUGAAAUAAAUACUAUCUUUAAACAAAAA